UCCAACUCUGACGCGUACACAAAAAGGUUCCGGACUGUAUUACAAGUUGUUUCUAGUAUUCAUAUAGUUACAAGCUCAUCGAUCCUUACAGACGGAUUAAGAUUUCCAUGUAUUUUCCGCAGUUUUCAUGUAGCGGGGCCUCCGUGACCGUUACACCUCCCAGUCGCGCCAUCCCUGUGUUCAUGAUCAGCGUCGGGAACUGAAUCGAGUAAUGUGUUUUGCGAAAACUUUCCGAAAACAUUUUGUUUUUCGCAAAACACAACACUCGACUCAGUUUUCGACGCUGAUCAUGAACAUGAGGUUGGUUUUGCUUCAAAGUGCGUUCUUCAGAAAGACAAACACAAAAGAAAGUUAUAUCGUACUUUCCUCUUCUUUCUUUCUGGGAAAGAACAGUCAUAUCACCGGAAAAAAAUAAAGUUGGUUUAGAGUUGCUGAAAAGUGGUUUUUCGUACUCAGCAAACUCGAUAACCCAGAAGAUUUUCUGUUUUUGGCCCGAGGUACUUCCGAAAGUUUAGGAAAAGUUUUCAAAUUAAUAUUAUUUUUCCAUGGAAAACGUUUUGCGCCAUUUUGUUCAAAAUUUUUCUUAAACUUUCGGAAGUACCCCGGGCCAAAACUAGAAAAAUUUCUGGGUUAUCGAGUGUGAUGAAUACGAAAAAUCACUUUUCAGCAACUCUAAACCAACUUUAUUUUUUUUGUUCUGGUGAUAUGAGGAAAGUAAAAACUUUCCUUUUCCAAAAGAAAGGAAAGUCAGUGUUUAUAUUUCUUUUUUUGGGAAAGAAACGAAAAAGUGCCUUCCCUAACACCUACUCUGUAUGACUUCGAAACUGCAAACACACUGAUUAUACUCAAGUUUAUGCUUGUUCCAAUUAUUUUCUAGAAAAUUGAAAACAGUGAAUGAAUAGAUUAAGAAAAAAUAAGUUUUCACAGAAAAAACGAUAGUUUUUUGAAAAAAGCGUCAUUUUUAAAACUAAGCUUGCUAAUCAACUUUCGACUACAUAUUCGGAAAGAUUGCACUCAAACGCAUGUGUUUCAGAUGUUCGUUUUCUCAUCCGGACUUCUGAAUAAAGAGAAACUCGAAAUAGAAAAGACUGGAUCGAGCUGAUCCAAUAUCUUUUCACAGUACAGCAGCUAAGACAAAUAUUAAUGUUUAUGAAAGUGUAAACUCGAGCGAAUUAUACGGAUAAAAAUUCUUUAUGGCUCUGUCAGUCACAUAGUUACAUCUUAAUCAGGGGUAAUUUCCAGUCGUACAAGAAGGAGGGAGAGUAAAAUGUACAGACAGAUUCGACUUGAAUUCCAUCACUAAUAUAUUACAUCGGACUCCACAUGCUCCUUCCGUAGGUUCUUAUAUGAUCUUGUAGAGUUUAGUUAGCAUCCUGCUGUAUUCAUUCAUCUGGACAGAGAAAAAAGACUUCAAAAGUAUAAAACAAGAAAUUUCUGCCUGAUGAAAGCACAAGAAAAUUUUAUUUGCAGGAAACCAUUUUUCUUUGUACAAUAAGAAAUACGCCAAUUACACAUUUAGGAUUUCAUUACCUGUUAUGACUAGAUGAUAUGCUUUUCUUUCAAAAUCAUUGCGUCUGAUACAUUUUAACAGGGAUCAUACAUCGGUGUCAUCUAUAUUGGUACACCGCGACAGCCUGUCUCAUGCGAUUUCGACACUGGUUCAGUUUCAAUGUUUAUUCCUUCAGUUCACUGCAAAAGUUGUUCUGGUAAGAAAAACGUCAUAUAAUGUAUUCAUAUAUAAAACUGAUAUAUGAAUCAGUAUGCUUCUGUUUAUGCUCAUUCUAUAAGAAGCGAAGUGGCAUGAUCAACACUAAAUUAUAUUUUUUCUUUUGUUUAUAUUUUUCUUUGUCCUCCUCUAGAUACAGCAUGGAAAUAUGACAGUUCAAAAUCAUUGACGUAUAAAAGAGGUCAAAAAAAUGCUACAGCGUGUUUUGCCGAUAGCUCCUGUCUACAAGCUGUUUUCAAUCUUGACACUGCACAAGCAGGCGGUCUAGUAGUUAAACAACAAUAUUUUGGUGAAAUUGCAAGUUCCAGUGGUAAGGUGAUGGAAAACUAUUCAGAUGUUGGUGUUUGUGGUUUAAGAUAUGUACCCGAAGCGGAGCAAUUUGAUUUUCAACAAUACAACAAAAAACAGCAUUUAUACGAUAAAGAGACGUUAAAAUCCGAAUUUAACAAGUACCUUAACGCAACGACAGUAUAUGGUGUUGGUUAUGAAACACCAUUGGUCAAUAAUUUGGACAUGAAACAAAAACUAUUUGGAUACUGGAUAGGACGGUAA